CUAGAUCAGUUUUAUCAUUGGUCAUGAAAUAUCUUGGACAGUUGCCUCAAGUUUAUGAACAUGUCUUGAAAGCCAUAACAUGAUCAGGAUAAAUGUUGAAGUUAUUUUUAUGACAGAACAACUUGAAAUUAUUCGAGGGAAAGAGGUAGGGCAGUUGUUGCAGUGGGAAGAUAUUCAGAAAAUGAAAUACUCUUGGAAUGUUGUAUGUGAAGUCAUGAGGUUGUCUCCACCAGUCAGUGGUGCUUAUAGAGAAGCUAUAAAGGAUUUCACCUAUGCUGAUUAUAACAUCCCUAAAGGCUGGAAGUUGCAUUGGAACACUAAUUCAUCACACAAGGAUCCAACAAUCUUCUCGGAUCCAGAAACUUUUGAUGCUUCAAGGUUUGAAGGAGCAGGGCCUACACCUUUUGCACAUGUUCCAUUUGGAGGUGGCCCCAGAAUGUGUUUGGGCCAAGAAUUUGCUAGACUAGAGAUACUUGUGUUCAUGCAUAAUAUCGUGAAACGGUUCAAGUGGGAAUUGGUGAUUCCUGAUGAAAAGUUGAAGUAUGAUCCCAUGCUAGAACCAGUAAAGGGACUUGAAAUUCGACUUCAUCCUUCUAGUUCAUAGUCAAAUAACUUAGCUAUAACAUAAUGCACGCUUUAGAAGCUUUCUAAGUAGUCAGCUUAUCGUGCUAUAUUUGAAGAAAACUUUUUUUCUACUUCGAUUAGAAGUUUUUUGUAUCUGCUUCCAUGAUUUCUAUGAAGUUUCUAUCUAUUUUGAUUAUUCU